GGUUGGGAUAUAUCCCUUUAAUGAAUAUCCCUUUAAUAAAAGUUUGGAGGGUAAAUUUACUCGUCUUUAUCAAAGAUAUGUUAGCGUGUGUGUUCUUGUUUCUCCUCUUCCUCUUUCCGUUGAAUUAACACUCAGUCAGAAAGUCCUCAGAAGAACAUAAAAACCACAAACCUCAAACACACGGUUCAGACCUCACCAGUGCUGCACAUCCUGUCUGAGUGUGUGUGUGUGUGUUUAUGAGUUUAGCUUUGGCUCAUAUUAACGUCUAUAAAACUGAAACAGGAGGAGAAAAACCGACUAUAUUCAUUUCCAGUUCACAUCAGUAGAGAUUAAACUGAAAACACAUGAACACACACACACAGAUACACACACACACACACACACACACACAUUUACUCAAUCUCACAAUCAUGACCUCAGCCUUUAAAAAUGUGAUGAUGUCACAGAUUUCAGUCUGUUAAAGCAGAAACACCUUAAAGUUCACCUGAAGGUCAACACUCAGGACUGUGAAAACAGCUGUGAGUGAAAUUAUUAAAGUGAAACUCUGAUCUCCAAAAAGUGUAUAAAAUGUUCAUAUAUCAGAGUUUAAAGGUUUUAAAGGUUAAAUUUGAUCAAAUAUGGUGUAAAGACCAAAGAUCAGGUGUUGGAAAGGAGUUUUAUGUUCCUGUUAAAUCCGCAGCGACAGACAGAUGACUGACAAAUCAUCAAAUUCUGUUAUUUUCAUAAUUUUAUCGCCGACAGCCUCCAAACUUUUAUGGAAAAGAAGGAAACUCGAGUCUGAAUGUUCGUCGCCUGCUUCACGUAUUUAAAGGUGUUGUAGUCAGGAUCUGAGUUAGUUCCAGUUUUUAGGAGAAAUCUUGAAUGUAACUCUACCCCUCCAAUCCAGUUUUCCCCUCAGCUCCUCCUCCCCUCCUUCAAGCCCCGCCCACAAACAGACGCUCCUGCUCGCUCGCAUCGUUCCGAUUAAAUUCAGAUAUAAUGCAGAUAAAUACUUCAGAUCAUUACAAAUGGGGCCCAGUCAAGGUGAAAGUCAAAAGCAUUGGUGCUACUGUAGAUGCCAACAGACUACCAGCAAACACAAUGUUUGCAGGACUUCUACAACGAGGAUAAAGUGACAUAGUCCAGGACCCGAGGGAGGACAGUUUAGCGAUGGCGCUACAACACGCUACAGCAGGUCCGUUUGACAAGAAACACUUCUGUUACAGACACUUGUCUUACUUUGUUAAAGCGGUUUACCUGUCCAGCAGAAAGGUUACAGGGUCACCAAGAUCCCCAAGCGUCCCCCAUGGUUUAUGUUGACCCGGCUUUUUAGCUCUUGUCCGGUCUACCUCGGAUUUAAGCGCCCGUUAUUCCUCCAGAGUCUCCGGUAUUUACUUUGUUUUCUUGCUUGUGUCGGCAGUCGUGGCCAAAGGAGGAUUCGGACAAUUUUCCGAACUUUCUGAUUGGUUUCUACUGUCCGAUAUUGUAGCACGCUAACUUUGUUUGGGCUCCUGAACGACACGGGGGAGCAGCGUCUGCCUCACAACCAAUCAGGUUAGAGGAGGUGGAGAACGGCUUUGUUUACAGUCAGAAAGAGUGGACCGCUCAAAAAUGUUCAAAUGUUGACGACACAGACAUAAGAGAACACAGAGAUAUCGAUAUAUUACCAAAUGUCAUCAAUAACUAAUAACUAUUGACUGAUAUUAGAAGAUUUUUGUAUAAAAACCACAAAAUAAAAAGAUGCGUCUUUAACGAAAUAAAACUAAAUUCAAUGUUUAAAUUGGAACUGUGCAGCUAAAUUUACAUUAAACCAUUAUUAAAGUUGUAUUAAUGAAGAAUAUAAACUCUGGGACCCAUUAUUUUUUUAAGUCACUCUACAGCUUGUGAUGCUAGCUACAUAAACUUUUUGUUAAAUCUACUAAAUGAUACGGUGGCCGAGCAUUUAAUUUUAGUUUUAGUUUUUUAUUUAUUUAAUUAUUUUUUACAUUCUUUUUUAUUUGCAGCGGGCUUUGGUUUCUUUUUUGCAUUAUUAACUUCUGUUGUUGCUCUUUUUUUUUAUUUCUUUUUUUCUUUCUUUUUUAUUUGCAGCAGUGGCGGUUCUUGGCCACCGUAGCGUUGAACAAAUUAUUAAAAAGAAAAGAAACUUUAAAGUGUUGUAGUUUCCGAUGCGUUUGUGAAGGCAUCACUGAUACGCCCCGCCCCCUGUAGCAGGCGGUCUCUGCGGUGCGUUCAGGGACUUUUCCUUCAGUUAGUUUGAAAGUUGUCAACAGAGGAGGAGGAAGGAGGAGAAAAGGAGCAGAUAUCAGAGGAGGACCGGAGAGUUCGAGCGGCUUCACACCGACACUGAGCUCCGAGGAGGAGGGAUGGGCUGCAGCCACAGUAAGGUGAGACCACCGGGGUCCGAACCGUCGGAAACAAAGGGUCUGUGGGUAAAGUUCCGCUGUUCGUGUCGGUGUGUGUUUGUGUGUGUGUCGGUGGGGGUUCAUUAGCAGGCGGCCGGUGAUUCUGCUGCUUCUGCACGGCGACCCUGGAAAACGUGCAGGGAAUGAUCUCCAGGUGUUCGUGAGUUAAUGAGCAGAAAAACCCUCAAAAAUCCACUUUUAUUCAUGAAUUAUGGAGAAAACUCGGAGACGGUUUGGCGCCUGAAUUUGAAAAACGGUGAAAAACUGACGGAUGAGAGUUUUUUGGGUUUUUUUUGUGAACAUCUGUUUCUCAUCUCAUCGAGUCUGAAUCUCCGAGUUUUUUCUCACGGAGCUCAGAGACACUGAACUAAACAGUUCCUCCUAAUAAAUGACAUUUAAGGCCUUCAUAUGACCGCUUUAAUCCUCUAUUUAUAAUCUCACCACAACUUAAAGUACAAAUACGUAAUAUAGUGAAGUGGAUAUUUGGUGUUUCAUCAGUUACAGAAACAUUUAAAAGUCUAAAUUUACUUUCAGACAGUUUAAACUGUGAUAAUGUGAAGUUACUCACAACCACAGUGUUGAUUUAUUUAUGAACAUGACCUUUUUAGUAACAUAAAUCUAAAAGUGAGAUUUGUUUUCCUGUUUUUGAAGAUAAUGAAACUGAUUUACUGAACAAAAAAAUCACAGAUUUCCUCAUCUUUCCUGACACUUGAACGCACCGCCUGACUGUUUUCAUCUCUUUUAUUAUUCCUGUUAUAACCCAGUUAAGAUAUAAAAAGUGUUUUAAUGAGUUUACAGCAUAUUUAUGGUGUUUAGAGCAUUAAGAUAGAAGAAUAUGACUUCAGGCUGUUUGAGUCUGGCUGUGAUAAAAUAACACACACUGAUUUAUUAAUGAUGGAGACAGCUUUUUAUUCAUUUAGAAAAAUGUUAUAUAUCUUGAGUCUCACCCAUGGCCAAGGCUGGACUGGACACGAUGAUCUUUAUCUAAACAGGUUUACAAAAAAUAAGAAGUAUUUGAGUUUAUAAAAGUAUAAAAGUGAUAAUAUACAAAAGGGAAACCUAAAUGUCUGCAUAUAUAUCUAUCUAACCAAAACCUCAGUAAUUUAGACUUUAUUUAGUUCAUAACGGGGUUAAACAAAGUCGAAUAUUUUAGUGUUGGAAAGUCAAAUAUCUGAACUUGCGUCGGCUGUCGUAUCACAGUUAAAGAUGUUUUUUUCUGGUUAAAUUUUGCUAAUUCUCUGUCAUGUUUUGCGCUCCAUGCUCCCUCCGUCCCUCUGCUUCACUUACACGCGCCUCUUUUCUCGCUGUUUCUCUGCUUUGCUGCAGAUGUUUUCCUGAAAUCUUGGUCCACGGUCUGUGUGGAGGCAGAAACCCUGAUGAUGAAUCUGAUAAACUGUGCAGACUGUAAACGACUCUAAACUUUAACAGUCUUUCCUGUUUAUGAUCUGAUGUGUUGGUCUGUGAAAGACUGAACUCCGUCAUUGAAAGUCGUUUAAAUCCUUUUUAAAGUCCCGGGCUGUCUCUGAUAGUGCUGAGAGACACGUAUGAAUUCCACUUCCUGAAGAUAUUUGUACGUUAAAACUUCAUAUUAGUGUAGUUUUAAUUCAAAGUUUACAGCCUCAGUGGUUUUCGUACCGUCGGGUUUAAUGUCAGCUCCUCUGUCCCACUGAGGGUGAACUUGGACAGCUGUUGUCUCUCACGGUUAUUGAUAGAAAAUGACGGAGCGGCCGAGGCUCCAUGUGGGUCACUGGUUUCCAAACGGAGCAGAGACUCUGUGUGUGUGUGUGUGUGUGUGUGUGUGUGUGUGUGUGUGUGUGUGUGUGUGUGUGUGGUUAGAGUUUGAUAUCAUUUCAUCAUGAUAUUCUUAAUUCAUUAUUUCACAUGAAGUUACUGAAUUUAGAGAAACCGUUUAUUUGGAUCAUUUGCAUGUUUGAAUCCUUCUGUCUGUGUGAAGGUGAGGCGUUGGUGUCAUGUGACGUAGCAGGAGAGGAGGAAUCGGCAAUUUACGUUAAGACUUAAAAGCUCUCACCUGUCCGUAAUUCAUGUCAAAGAAGGUGGAAAUGAAGGAGUGACUUUAUUAUUUUGAUGUUGACACGAGGAUCUCCUGGAUCAGUCUGAGGUUCUUUCUGCAGCACAGAUGUCCUGGUGAGUCUCAUCUGUUGAUCUGUUUAGGGCUGCCGUAGUUUGUUCGCCUGCAGACACUCUUGCAGGAGCUGCUGUUAUGUAAGGUGUGUGUGUGUGUGUGUGUGUGCGUGUGUGUGUGGUAAAUCUUUGAUUAGCUGAGAAUAGAGCAGAUUUAGAGGCUCAGAGGCUGAGCUGCUGCUGCUGCAGGAGAUCAGUGACACCAACAGAGAUUCACAGCUGAGGUUUAAAUAAAGAUUUGAUUCAAUCAGAGCCUGAAUGAAGGAGACUCACCUGGACUCACCUGGACUCACCUGCUGCUGCAGCUGUGGGGGGGCAGAAGAAGAAAAGACCGACUGCUCUGGUUAGGGUUGGGCGAUAAAACGAUAUAUAUUAAAAAUUAAUUUCCCUCAAUAUCGAUAUAAAACAUGAUCAAUAUCCUUUUCAAUAGUCGUCAUUCUGACAUGUUUUGGUCGACUAUACGAACAGCCAAUGAGAAGGGGAGUUUCUCCGGGUCUGAACCAAUCAUGUUCUGAAUUAGAACCAAGUAUCAACCAACUGCAGCAAAGUCGUAGCAGACAGCAGCUCCACCCAACCAUAGCACUUUAACAGGUGAAGCCGACAGCACUGUUGGUGAGAAACAAAGAAAAUGAGUGCUACCCCCGACAGAAAUGACCAUGAAGGCUCAACAGAUGACCACAUCAAUGUCAACCACAACACUGGCGUUAGGAAAACGUCGGUGGUGUGGAGGUAUUUUGGUUUUUGGAGGUCGGACAUGAAGCAGAGUAAUGUGGACUGUAAAUUAUGUCGAGUACAUGUUCUCACAAAGUCGGGGAAUACCUCAAAUCUUUUUCACCACCUGAAGCAGCGCCACGCCGCAGAGCACGCGCAACGCAAAAGGUUACAAACCCCGAGAGGAGCGAGGAGCCGAAACAGACGACCAUUCAGUCGGCUUUCUCUAGAACAACGCCUUACGACAAAACGCCAAAGAGACACAAAGACCUCACAGAUGCAGGAGAUUAUUGUGUUGGAAAAGACAUGAGACCAAUAAACACUGUUAGAUUUUUAUAUCCUGAUAUUGAUCGAUAUCAGCUGAUAUGAAAUAAAUAUAUCCUGAUAAACUUUCUCUCGUAUCGCCCAGCCCUACCCUGAUGAUUGUUGUUUUUAAAGCUCAGAGUUCUGGAUCAGAUAAACCCGUCCAGCACCUGUGCAGCAGGUUCUCCACACCUGAAGAAACCAUCGAGUUGUUUUUGCUCCUCCAGCUGUCUCAGAGCCAACAGAUGGUCUGCAGGUCUCUGAGGUCAUAGUUUUCCGUGGACCUGAACCUCCGUUGUAAACCUGGACCCGGUGUGUGUCGGCGGUUUGUUUAAGAGAUAAAACCUCCAGAAAAAACAGAGCGUGUUUUGAUUAUAGGAGCUGGUUCGACUCAAAGACUCAAAUAUUUGACUGAAGUUCUGCUGCUGGAGAUCCUGGUCCUCAGUCCGACCCUCAAACAGACCUAGGAUCUGUUUAAACCGUUCUUCUGUAAAACUACCUCUUUUUUUCUUCUGCUCUUCACCGAGAAAGGAACUCAAACACACAAAUGUACAUUAAAGUCCUGGUCGAUGAUCUUCAGUUUAUAAAACUGAGCCGUUGAGGCAGAUUUGAUGUUCAAUGUUUUUGUAGCCCUGCAGCUGAUAGGGUGAACAGAUUUUUUCCGAUCUUUUUUCACUUUGUGGAGAUCGCACUAUAGGACCAUGGUCGCCAUAGAAACGAGGUUCAUAAUAACGACCAAUCUCUACAAUCGUCAACCAUGACUUUAAAUAUGAGAGUGAAGUCUCCUCCCUGUCUGAUCUGUUUCAUCUAUGUCUACGUUCGUGUGUCUCUGUGGAGUUUCUGAAAACUCGAACCCUCACAGACUCAGCCGACCCGUUUGGAGGAUUAUCAGGGUCUUAAAAUUGUUGGCGAGCAGUUCUGGAUGUGGAUCAGCUCCUAAAACCCGAGACUGAUCCCUGCUGUGAGGACCAGGUCUGAAAUGAAAACACAGAUCCGCUUCAGUCACAUGACCUGAAUCUGAAUCUGUGAUGUCAUGUGAUGACCUCUAACAUGGUCUCUCCACAAUCAGGACCUUUGACCCCCCAGUUGAGACAAAUCAGCGACAGGAAGUCGUUUUUUUUCCAUCUCUAAAGGUCCGAGUCCUCCUCCAUCACAUGACCUCCUCCAUAGAUCACCUGACCUCCUCUUAAGAUCACGUGAUCUCCUCCUUAUCUUUGAGGACUGUAGAGCAGCUUCUGUCAGCCAAUCAGGAGCGAGACCUUUCCCUACAGCGGCGUUAGAGACACAACAGGAAGUGUGAUAAACCACGUGAGGUCAAACGACCUCCUGCUGUCAUGUGACCGGGCCGCCAUGUUGAACUGACAUUCAGGACUGGAGGAUCUGAGCCGUUCAUGACGGGGUCCUGAGGCACGAGGCGUUCACAGGGAUUUUUGUUUUAAUCGUCAGGGUUUAUCUUCGUCUCCAUGGAAACGGGGGAAACACAACAGAGCAGCCGAUGUACAGAGAGGAGACGUGAGAACGGGCCCGAGGACAGAGACUGCAGAGAGUAGAGUCACAGAGUCCUGGAUCAGACCUGGAGUCCAGACCUCCUCCAGUCCUCUGAUAACCGAUCAACUUAUUGAUUAUUAAUCAGCCAAACAGUCAAACAGCUUUGUCUCAUCAGGGUUUGACUCUAACUUUGUUCACAAGGAGCACAAUUUUAGGGGACACAAUGAAAACUGAUCAAUAAUGUUUGUCUUAUUGAUCGACCUUAGUACUAUUAUUAGAAAUCAAUUUUAGGUCUUUUGGUCACAUGACAGUGAAGCUAUUGAAGGAAAACAGCCUUUUCUGAGAACAUCAACCGGUAAUUUAUUGACGGUCCCUUAUUCAACACCGACGUUGACAGUGAGGGUGUCGAGUAGAUUUAACCGCGCUGCUGUUGUUAUUCCCGGUUAUGGAGAGAGAGAAGACACCGGUAGAUCCUCAGAGAAUGUCCGUCAGAUAUCCAACCUGAAACUAACUUCACCGCUGUAUUUACAGGAAAAUAUAUCCAACCUGAAACUAACUUCACCGCCGUAUUUACAGGAAAAUAUAUCCAACCUGAAACUAACUUCACCGCCGUAUUUAAAGGAAAAUAUAUCCAACCUGAAACUAACUUCACCGCCGUAUUUACAGGAAAAUAUAUCCAACCUGAAACUAACUUCACCGCCGUAUUUACAGGAAAAUAUAUCCAACCUGAAACUAACUUCACCGCCGUAUUUACAGGAAAAUAUAUCCAACCUGAAACUAACUUCACCGCCGUAUUUACAGGAAAAUAUAUCCAACCUGAAACUAACUUCACCGCCGUAUUUACAGGAAAAUAUAUCCAACCUAAAACUAACUUCACCGCUGUAUUUACAGGAAAAUAUAUCCAACCUGAAACUAACUUCACCGCCGUAUUUACAGGAAAAUAUAUCCAACCUAAAACUAACUUCACCGCCGUAUUUACAGGAAAAUAUAUCCAACCUGAAACUAACUUCACCGCCGUAUUUACAGGAAAAUAUAUCCAACCUGAAACUAACUUCACCGCCGUAUUUAGAGGAAAAUAUAUCCAACCUAAAACUAACUUCACCGCGUAUUUACAGGAAAAUAUAUUCAACCUGAAACUAACUUCACCGCCGUAUUUACAGGGAAAUAUAUCCAACCUAAAACCGUCUCUCAGAUCCUGUCUGAGUACAGAGACUCGGGUUUGUGGUUUUACAGAGACCGGGUCACUCAUGUGCAUCCAGAGUUACCCUGAGGGAGACUCUGGGAAACUCAUGAAUGUAGAUCUUUAAAUCUGAGCGUGUCCUGAAUCAUGUGGAUGGUAAAAAAACACACACACACACACACACACACCUGGGCUGGUUACCUGGGUGUUGUCUGUGUUUGGGGAUCAGUGAUACUUCUAAACGUGUUUACAGCUUUACUCACAAAGUCUCUGCUCUUCCCAAAAACACAAAAAAAUGUGUGAAACACUAAAUAAUCAUAAACUAAAUCUGAACUUCUCUCAGAUUAACGCUGACCCAAGUGUCAUUAAAGGUAGCGGGAUACUCAUGUUUAUUUACCUGGACGGACCACCCAGGUUUAGUCUUUGUGGGGAAACUUUUGGAUUUUGAUAUUUUAGCGUCUCGAUCUCAGCGUCUCUGCGAUGAUUUCACGUGUUAGAGAUCCGUCUGUGAUCAGGAUCAGGUUGUUCCAGGUGAUCAGCUGUGAUCAGCUGUUCGGUGUUUACUGUCAGACUCUUGAAGACUCAGUUUUUGUGUCUGUUUUUGAGUUUCUUUAAACUCUUUAAAUUGUCUCUUUAAGACUCAGACUCGUCCACCGAAACUGAAGCCACAGACGUUCUCACGAACACGAUGAUCACCACCUCGGCGUGUUUCUCUUGAAGGUCUGUGUUUUCAUGACUCUGAAGUGUGGAACCUCGCUCUUGUUCGGUCUGCAGACUCUGGACUUGUUGAGGUUUUCUCUGCAGCUGAAGGAGGAAAACGUCUGAAUCCUCCGUCUGCAGGUCAAAGCUGAGACUUCUGACACUGAGGAGGGAAACGGCGAGUGUUUGAGCGGCUGCUCACUUUAACCUCUGCAGGAGAUUCUUCACGACCACGUGUAGAAAAUGUUCCUGCAGCAGCGACGGCUCUCUCUCUUGUGUUUUUAAACGAAGGAUAAAAAUACGAUCUGAGCUCAGAGAGUGUACACGCCGUCAUUAAAGUCCCUUUGAUUUAGUUUUCUUCUGGCUUUCUGGGAGGAGGAAACAGUCAUUACAGAAACAUGUUCGUCUGCUGCAGAACAGCAGACGGUAAAAACAGCUGCAGCCUGGAUCAGCUGAUUCAGUCCAACGUGAGAAGAGCUGAAAUGAGGGUUCAGGGACACGGACCGCUCUGAACUUCUCUGUAGGAGUCAGUCCAGUUUUAAAGACAUGAUGAGGGUAUUAGGGGGCGUCAACAUCUACACAUGUGAACAGAUACACGUUAAUAAAUCAUCACUGUUGAGAAAAACCAAAAGCUGUUUACACGUCUUUGUUUUCUCCUCCUCCUCGAUCAUUUUUCACCAACAUAUAUAUUUAUAAUGUUUCCUGAAAUCUUCAGAUCACAACAUUAAAUAACUAAAGUGUUCCCAUCAGUGAAGUUAUCUGCAUACAUAAUAGAUGAAUGAGGCACAAUGUUACUUUGAUUAAUUAAAAUAAACAGCCAGUGUCAUGUUACUUCAAGUUGACUCGGGGACGCGAUGGCGGCGGUCAGCAAGCGGAGCGCUGUGUGACAGUUUUUUAAACAAACCGCCAGAGGAAAUCAAGUGGAGUGUCGAUUAUGUCGCGGAAGUUUACAACAACAGAGCAGGAUCCACGUGAAACUACCUGUGAUGGAAACACCCGAACAAGAUGGAGGGAGAGACUGCUGCUGACAUCGGUGCUAUCGCUAUGACCACGAUAGGGCCCGACUGAUAUGGAUUAUUUGGGAGGAAUAAAAUCCGAUUACCGAUUAAUCAGCCGAUUUUUUAAUGUUUUUAUGAAGUCUUAAAAUUUUGUUAAUUUCAGUAAUAUAUCAACAUAUUUAUUCAGCCUUUUUAAUGAAUGGCUGCUUUUAAGCCUUUCAAACACGUCUCAGUAACAUUAACGUCAGUAAAAUUCCACGUAAUUAUCAUGAAUCAAACUCGGAACAGAAAAGCGUUUUAAACUUUGUCUCCUCCGUCUUCACUCCCGUUCCUCAUUUCCGGUCCGGUCUCCUCUGGAGACAUGCAGCUGCCUCAGAAAGAGAAGUCGCUCGAUCAUUAAUGUGUUCUGUUGUUUAUUCUACCGUUACUGACACGGCUAACAGUGUAGCUAACAGGCUAAUAGCAGGUGGCUAACUCUAACGUUAGCUUGCGUGUUACAUGGUGCUUCAGCGUUAACUCGGCGUUGAGGCGGACCGCUCUCCUCUGUGCGUCCCUGAGCUGCUGCUUCAGAUCCGUCACUCUGCUGUGCUGUGAGGUAGUUAGUGGAUGAAGACUGGCAUGAGGUCGCUGUAGCGCCAUCUACAGGAUAAGUCGGGGAACUUUUCAAAUGGCAGAACAUUUUCGAAGUGAAAUCUUAUUCUCCGCAUUUUAUUUCUGAAAAUAUCGGCAACAAUCGGCGAGUUUUGGCCGAUUACUGAUUAGUCUCAAACAGGCUAAAAUUAGCCGAUUUGAUCAGCUCGCCGAUAAAUCGGUCGGGCCCUAAUACACGAUUAUACAUCCAACAAGGCCCGGAGUGAACCUAUCAGCAUCUUAACAUCUGAAACGGUGGCUCCUCCACAUGCAGCCUGAGUCGACGGUUGAGGAUGACGAUUUUUUUCAGCUGAUGAAAUAUCGGAAGCGAGGCGAUGAGCGACAGUUAGCUCACGGAUAUUAAAGGACGAUUUCUCGUCUGUCGAAAUGAUGAUUGAUAAGAGACAGUCGGCCUUGAAAUGUGAACUGCAGUUUCUCUGUUUUAUGUUGUCUAUAAUUUAGUUCAUGUUUGGAGUGGGUUUAUAAGAAGACGUUUCUGUCUGAUAAAAACUGGAACAGCUUUGAUUUACUGAGAUCAGGAGGAGUUUGAACGGAGGCAGAACCUUCUCGUGGUUACAGAGCGCAACUGCGAUAGACAGAGAUCUCCGACGUGUGACCGGGUACACGAAGGUCCGAAGCGCCGUUUACACGUGUAGAAAAACUGUAAACAUUGACGCCCUAAGAGGUUCUCAGGAGAAAAGUGUCUCUCUCUGUUUUCGGUAAAAUACUCUGAAGUUUCAGUUUCAGGUUCGAGUGUUUUAUCGGUCAAACUGAAGAACUUCUGAUCUGCCUCAUUGAUCGAUCAGACUUCAAUAACAGGAAAUGAGUCCUGCUGGGAUUUUGCAGACUCACAGGUCAAAGGUCACCUCAGUCCGCAGCUCUGUGUGAAUCCGCUGAGUCAGCUCAUGGACACUGAGGCUCUGUGUGAGGAAGUUCUGAGUGUCGUCAUCCUUCCUGUUGAAGGUUCUGGUUUCCUGGUUCUGACUCUGAGCGACAAAAACCGUCAAGAAGGUCUGAACAACAAGAACCACGUGGACCCGGAUUUGAGGACCUGGUCUGCAGCUCCGGCUGACACCCAGACCCACUCAGUAAACCUGGAGAAUUUGGGUUCAAACCCUCGCACACGUGAAACUCAGCGGCUAAUCAGGAGGUGAUUUAUUCAGCGUUAAUCUCCGACAGUCAGACAGGAAGUCCUUAUAAGGAAACAGCUAAAAAACAAAGACUCUGAGUAAAUCUGUGGAACAACAACAGGAGGAUCUGAACAAGGACUGAGCCGGUUCAGGUGGACCCGGGUUCAGCGCUCAGACCGACUCCAUCUGUCGAGUUUAGGAACCUCAGACGCCACAAAAGGAAACAGGAAGUGCUCUGUAGAUCACUAUCAGACUUCAGUUCGCUGUGAUUGUGCAGGAAGUUUAAAGUUUUUAUGUUUCUGAAUAUUAUAGAUCUAAAAUCACUCAGAUUCACUCUCAUGUAGAUUUUCUCUCUGACAGAUGAGCGUCUCUAAAACCCCGACGUGGUUUUUUUUGGGUUUUCACGCUGAUUUCUAACUUCUCUGUUUGACACAAUGAAACUCUUCAGACUCUGUCACCCUGUUUGAAACUCUGUGGCCCCUCCCCCUCAGAUUUGAACCAGCCAAUCGGGUGCUUCCUCUCCUCAGCAGAAACUGACCCCCCCCCUCAGUUGGGUGCAGUCAGGUUUUUCUGGACUGUGAAGUUCUGCUUCACAAACCGAGGGGAGCGUCUGCUCUGAUUUAUGAGAGUUUGAACAGUGAGGGGCCCACCGCCGCCGCCGCCGCUGCCGCCUGCAGAGACACAUGCUGCCACUGCUGCACCUCCUCCACCUCCUCCUCCCCCUCCUCCUCCUGAACACAGUGAAGUGUUUAAAGCUGGUGUAUUUAUCGUCUCUCAGCUCAGGGUUUGGAUAAAGUCGAGCUAAAAGUGUUUAUACAGGGAGGGUGUGUGUGUGUGUGUGUGUGUGUGUGUGUGUGUGUGUGUGAUUCAGUGUUUUAGGGUGUGAGUGCUUGAGCAAUGUGAGAGUGUGUGAGGCAGCACAGUGUGUGUGUGUGUGUGUGCGUGUGUGUUUCUGAUCGUCACUUUCAGAAAAAGAAUAAAAGUUUUUUUUUUUUUUUCUUCUGAACUUUAAAUAUUUAUGAAAUCUGAAAAUCAAAACACGCCGAGGAUUGUGGGUAAAGUUCGUAACGCUUCGUGGACGUCUCUGAAUUUGGAGCGGUACAGAAAAUGCAUUUAAAUUCUGAUUGGAGGAUACAACAAAGGGGGUGGGACUAGAUACUCUGAAGCUAAAAGUCACAUUAAUUAUAAAUAAAUAAAUAAUAAUAAUAAAUAAAUAAUAAAUCAAUCAUAAAUUAAUAAUGAAAAGCAAACAAUAAUAAUAAUAAUCAAUAAUAACAACAACAAUAAUAAUAAAUGUAAUAUAAAAAUAUGAAUCAGCAGGUUUUCAGUCUCUCUGAGGUUCACACUCCUUUCUGUCUACCCUCUGUUGUGGGUCCUGACACACAGCUCUAGUCUUGUUUACAGGUCUAUCUCAGGUCUUCCUCCUUCUGGUCUGUAUUUGACAGGAGAGUACAGGGACCUGAACUCUUUAGUCCUGGACCUGAGAUGGUGAAAAGCUCCUCCCAGUUCUUGACCUUCAGAAAGAGAAGAAACUGGCUGAACUGGUUUCACUGGGAAGUUAAACUCUAGAUCUUGGUGGAUUGGACCAGGAUUUUGGACCUGAGUCACAUAUAUAGACGUUUGUUGUAGAGGUGAGCUCUUCUGUUUGUAUUCACGUCUGCUCUUGGUCAGAAACGGCGUCAUUUGCGCUGAUGCGUCUUUUCUGGCGGCGUGAACGCCCGUCCGUCCGCUGGUCUGGAGUCAGAGUUUGGGCUGAAGUUAUGUAAGAGAGGAAGGAAAGAAAGAAAGGAGGGAAAGUUCCAGCGUCAGUCAUGUGGAGACUAAUGAGAGACUCAGACUCCAUCGGCGGCUUUCAUAACAGCCUCCCUGUUCCAGUUUAUCAGCCAGACCUGAUCCAGGACUCUGCCGCUGCUGCCAGGACGCCUGUUUCAUGUCCCAGACAGACUUCAGAGGAGAACUGUUAGUGUUGGAGAUAGUCAGGUCUGCAGCUCUGAGCUCACUGCACUAAUGUUAGCUGAUCUCAGAUCUAUGAAACCAGACACUCGACUCUGAUGAACACAUGAAUGUUUCAAUCUUCUCAGAAUGACGACGUCUGUAAACGAAGAAUCAGAGCGAGAGAACAGAUCCACUCAUACUAGAGCCAAUCUGAUCAGGAUGGAUCUAUUUAAAACAGAUAUCUGGACCUCCACAGGUCAGCUGAUCACAGAUACAGCCUCUGAUUGGUGGAUAAACCCAAACAAAGAUGGCAGCCUCUGAGGGUAAAGUCAGCUGAUAACAGAAAUAAUGACCUUGACCUUUUUAGACAGUCUCUGGAAACAGACUCAGACCCAACGAAAACCUCAGUUUGACCCUCUAAAGUUAAAAAACUGUGAAACUAGUGUUUGGCGGUUUGACGGUAAAAACCGUGUGACGGUAUAAAAGUGUAGAAAUGUUGCUCUACCGUUUAUACCGGAGAGAGAGAGAAAGUAUAGUUGUCUGCGCUCGCGAACAGGAAAGCCGGAGCGCAUCCGUUUGGGUGCGUUUUCAUAUAUUCACCAGUGUGCCGUGCGGAGUUUGUUCGCUCCGUUUGAUUGGUCAGGUUUGGGUACGUUCCCUAUAAUCACCAGCGUGUCCACAGACUGCUUGGUUUAGACAAAGAAGAAGAAACAGCUUCACUGUUGGUGGUCAAGGUGGACGUGGAGAUCAGUGGCAGUACCGAGCCAACGGAGGGCAGCCCGACCCACCAAACACGAGGAAGAGGAGGAGGAACGUGUUCUGAAAAAGGGCGCGAGUCACGACAUCGGUUGUCUGGAGAUUCUUCUGAUUUCAGAUAAAAAAAAAAAACUAUACAAAGAGUGUCGAGGAGGUGAAAACAUCAACGACCUCUUCCACCACCUAAAGAUCCCCAAAGGUACAACAUAUGAUCAAAAAUCACCAGACUGGUCCGACAUUUAGUUCGUGUUUGUGUAAAAAUCUGAGUUUAGAAAUAAAAGGAAAAUGAACAAAUGAGACAGUUUGGUUAUUUUUAAGACAUUAAAGAAUUUACAGGAGGAAAUUACUGUGAUAUUUUCUGUUACCAUGAUAUCAGAUUUAGUUCAAACCGCCCAACACUCGGUGAAACGGUUUCCUCUGAAACGUCCCGAUGUAAACACACGUCGUCUUUCUCUUCAGGGUGGGACAGAAACACUCAGACGUACGGAGAGCGGUCGGUCUCACAGACUGAGUGGAUUUUAAAGUGGAACUGUCAGAGGGUCUGAAGUCCAAACUCGGAGUAUCGGACAGUUUUUCAUGUUCAUUAAAAACAAACCCGUCCCAGAGGAUCCUGCUGAAACAGGUCCUGGUCUCCGUUUGCAGAAACAGACUCAGGUUUAAGUUAGCUCAGGUCUCAUGAUAACCCGACUGUCCUCCUCACCUUAAAGACCGUGUCGAUGAUCUCAUCCUGACUUUGGGUUCAGGUCUCCGCUCUGACUAAACUCUUCUUCUCUUCUCUCUUUUUUGGUUUCCAGAAGAAAAGCAAAAGCAAGAAGGGAGGGAAGAACCAGAAGGACCAGAACCACCAAGAUGAAGGAGGUGAGUGUUGCUCAGGGGUCUCAGGUGGUCCUGGUUCCUGUCCUGGUACUAUGACACACUUCAGGGGAGCUGCUUGAUUUUAGCAAAACCAGGAUCAGGAUCAUGAACUUUAAUGGAAAUACUCAUGAGACUAAACAUCAGAUUUCAGUCGUACGAAAGUUUUUAUACUUCGUCACAAAAAACAAAGAUUUUUACUUUUAUCACAGACUAAAGAUCGAAACACUCACUCCUCCUCCUGCUCCUCCUCCUGCUCCUCCUCGUUCCUCCUCUACUCCAGGAGAUCAGACCAUCAGAUUUCACUUGGUCCCUAAAUUGCUGGAUCGGGCUAAUCCCGGUGUUUAGAGGUGGUACAAUCUGAAUUUAAGCGAAGAUGAUCCAAAUAUCCAGAACUUUAGAAGUUUCAGUCGGUCGACAGAGAAGACUCCUCCGACUCCUCCGACUCCUCAGACUCCUCCGACUCCUCCGACUCCUCAGACUCCUCAGACUCCUCCGACUCCUCAGACUCCUCAGACUCCUCAGACUCCUCAGACUCCUCCGACUCCCGUGGAAAACUCAGUAAAAAGGUGAUAAUUGUUGGUUUCAGCUCUGAAACUCGAACAGUUAUAAAAUCCUGUCCUCCUGUUGCCGUGGAGACGGCUGUAAACAGACCGAACACAGGUAACACAGGUGUGUGUUUUCAGAGUGAAACAGCUGCUGAGGAGGCGUGAGUCAGCGCUGACCGUCGGGCGCUGACCUCUUCCCGUUCGCCGUCUCCUCCCGUUUACGAUCAAACGUCUGAUGACAAACAGGAAGUCCUAAAACGGUGGUCAUCUGUCUGUGACGUCAGCGCAGAAACACUCAGAAUGAAAACAGGGACCUGGUCUGGAUCUGCUGGUUUACUGAGGAGGACCUGGUUUAAUGAAAUAACUCAGUCUGAGUGUGAAAGUCUCUUUGUGUCUCUGCUGUUGGUUAAAUAUGAUUAAAAACCGAUCGAUGGACCUCGCUGCAGCUCGCACUUUUAACAAAUCAAUCCGUCAGAGCGACCCAGAUACUCUCCACAACAACACCGAGCGGUCAGGACUGAAAACAACAAUAACUAAAAUAAUUAUAAUGAUUAUAAUAAUAAUAAUAAUAAUACAGGAAAUGAUAGAGAGGUGAAAGUGACUGACUGGAGAAGGAAACGUGUGCAGAGGUUAAAAAACUGUUUCAUCCUGAAGAACCGAGUUUUAAUAUCAGAGACUUUAUUCUUUUUAACAGACCGUCAGUGAAAACGUCCAAACUGAGAGAUUAAAGUUAAAAUCAUGAGAAAGUUUUUCAUGAUGUUAAAAAUUAAAAUGAAGAAAACUAAAGUCAAAAAAACAAACUCCAGACUCCCCUCCGCCACCCUCCUCUCCUCCGCUCAUUUCUCCUUCUCCUCCUCUCUGCUUUCUCCUCCUCUCUCCUCUUUUUGCUCUUCGGCAUGUGUCUGCUGAGUGGGCGUGUCCUUUAGCAUCUCUCUGAUUGGUUGAUACGACUUGCUGUUCAGUUGUGAUCCUGUAAAAACAGCUGAAGAUUGAAGCUCCAUGAUCCUUGUAGCUCAAACCCUGCGGAGGUUUCUUGUGGACCUCCUCCUCCUCCUGCUCCUCCUCCUCCUCCUCUGUUUCUGUCUGAACAUCAGCGUCUCCUUUAAUCGACCUCACACAGCCUCCGGUCUCCCUGAAUCACACAGAAACCUCUCUGAUGAUGAUUUAUGUCGUCUGUAAUUUUCCACUCUCAGUUUCUGAACGAUCACAGAGCUCCGAUCUUUGAGAGUUAUCGUCAAAAGACGAAUAAAAAACUAAAGCUGCUCUUUGUUUAAAAAUCAAUUCAACAUGCAGACGGGCUGAGACCUGUUCCUGCAGGACGACCAAUCAGAGAGCAGAGACUGAGGAGACCGACCAAUCAGAGAGCAGGAGGUCCGACACUCAGGCGUAGUAAAACUGUUUAUUAUCAGGACCGUUUUAAUAUUUCUGAUGGUCAUGUGAUCGACGUGGUCUUUGUGUUUUUGUUAUUCAGAGUCUUUCUUCUUUAUUUAUUUAUUUACUCCAGCUGAGGAAAUUUCAGUUUGACAAAAUCAUGUCACAUUAGAACAUUGAAGAAACCUCUUAUAUGACCGAACCCCCUCACUCAAAGUCUAACUGUUCUAAUAAUCGAUCACUGAGUAACAUUCACUCCACAAAACAAAGCAAAACAAUAACAAAACAAAAACAACAAAACCAAGAGAACAGAGUUUCAAAUGGACUCAUCAGUCACUGAGCUAUACUGUAGUCGUACCAUGAAGUAAACAAAACAAACAUCAUUAAUAUAAAUAAAAAACAGCUUUUCAAACGGACUUUUCUACAAGAAUCAUCGUUUACUUUUGUCAUAAUUUCUAACUGUAUUUUCCUUUAACGUUUUCUUGGCUUGUUAAAUUUUUGUUCAGGUCUUCAGUUCAUGACUUUGACAGUUUCAGAGUUUCACUCCCACCACAGAGAAACACGUCUGCUUCAGAGUUUUAAAUCUGAACGUUUCAGAGCGGAAACAUUCAGAGUUUCUCUAAAAAUACUUUUAAUUAUAACAAAAGUUCUUUUUCCAGAUUUACAGUUAAAAUAGUUUUUAUGAGUAACUCAGUUAAGAUGUUUAUGAUGAAGUCGUAAAGGUGUGUGUGUGUGUACCUGUCGAUGAUGUCAUUAUCAGGUUGAUUGACAGUCAGAAACUCGUCCUGCGAGUUAAUCUGCAGACCUCUCAGCAGGUUUAUUUUCACUCCCUCUCUCUCUUUUUAAAGUUUAGUUUUUGUUUUUCUUAAAAUUUGACAAAACGUCACCCAAAGCCAAAAGGCCCCUUAAAUUAUAUUAUUAUCUCAAAGUUUUUUAGUUCAUUUUCAAGGAGGAAAAGGAAAAAUAAUAAAGAGUAGGACGUAAAAUGAGGGACAUUUUAUAAUCUGAGAUACAAAGUGCUUCACGAAAAAGCUAAAAAACACAAAAGUAAAGAUUAAAAUUAAACUGUUAUGUGUUAAAAGACCUUGAAACUAUUUUAAAGGUUUUCAAAAAGCUGAAAUGAAAAUUUAAAAGUCUAUCAAUUCAGUAAAUUGUUGAUUUCUCGAGGAUAAUUAGAUACUGAGACAAAUGUAUAUUUUAUUAAUUCAACAGUUUUUAUAUGUUCUGUCACUAAUCUGAAUAAUCUUUGGUAAAUGACUCCUGGAUCAGCUGGAGUAACGACUUUAAAAUCAGACUUAAGCAGCAAAACUUCACGACUCUUUUCUUUAAAUGUAACGAUUUAUUCUCAAAUAUGACGACUUCACUUUCAAAACAACUUUAUUCUUUCUUAAAAUAGCGACUUUAUUUUGAUCAUCUUCAUAUUUUUUACUAAACGAGGCUCGAAGUCUCCGUCUGAACACCUGAUCCUAAAAAAAACGACUUUCAAAGUCAACAGAGCUCGGACUGGGACAGCAUGUUACACUCUUCGUCCACAGGGGGCGCCAAACCCUCUCAAACUGUGAAACCUCACAAACGAUUUUUAAAAGAUGUAAGAUAAAAGUUUUUGCGUCGGUGUUGACGAUGUUUUCUUCUGUCCGUCUGCAGGUAAAGGUACGUCUGCAGGUGAGCAGGACGUCUGUUUGGAGAAGCAGCUGGAGCGCUUUGAGUGGCAGAUGAGGAUUUUAAAGGAAGUGCUCUCAGCCAAUGGGAACUCCGAGAGGGCGGAGCUACUGAAGGAUCAUGCAGACGUGGAGGUGUGCACCCUGGUCCUGAACAUCCUGGAUAAGGUGAGAAAAAAAGAUCAGAACUGGUUCAUGAUGAGUUCGCCUCCAGGUCCUGGUCUGCUGAGUCCUCCAGGUCCUGGUCUGCUGAGUCCUCCAGAUCCUGGUCCACUGAGUCUCCUUCUUCAGCCUGAUGUAAAUUUAGAAGAAGCUGCUCUGCUCUCACUCAGGAGUGUAAUUUAAUCAGCAGAGAGAUCUGCUCCACAUUCAUUCAGCAGUUAUUCAUAGACACUUUUGAUUCAGCUGACCGGACUCUCCAGGUCACCUGACCACCCCCCCUUCAGGACUUGGAUCGACUCAGCAGCUGCUCUGAACCUCCGUCCUGACUCUGACCCACAGAAACACCUCAGUGUCUGCUCACAUCCUCCUCUGACUCCUGUUUUUUAUCAUCAUCAUCAUCAUAAAAUUUUUCACUUCAGUCACAGUUUUCUGAUCAUGUUUAUCGAUCACUCUCAGAUCUACGAUGUUUUAAAGUUUGUUUUCUGAUCGUGUUUAUCGAUCACUCUCAGAUCUACGAUGUUUUAAAGGUUGUUUUCUGAUCGUGUUUAUCGAUCACUCUCAGAUCUACGAUGUUUUAAAGUUUGUUUUCUGAUCAUGUUUAUCGAUCACUCUCAGAUCUACGAUGUUUUAAAGUUUGUUUUCUGAUCAUGUUUAUCGAUCACUCUCAGAUCUACGAUGUUUUAAAGUUUGUUUUCUGAUCAUGUUUAUCGAUCACUCUCAGAUCUACGAUGUUUUUAAAUCCUGAACUCUUACAGGUGAAAACGGAGACGACGGCGGAUCUCAACGUCUCACAUGAGCAGAAAAGUAAAUCAGCGACUGAGCGACACGAGAGAAACGUGGAGGGUAAAAAAACGACACAGACAUGUUUUCAGUCAGAAAAUAAAGGAUGUUUUAAUGACUUUAAAAAACUUUAAAUGGUUAAAAAAAACCCGACAGUGUUUGAAACUCUGACAUAAAGGUUGAGACCUGAUCAGAUGUGAUCGUCUGCAGCUCCUUUUAGAGCCGAGAGUGAAACCUGAAACCUUCAUGUGAGCGUCUGUGUUUGUAAUUAUCUGAUUAUUUAAAGAGCAGAUUUAAAAACCUGAGAACAGCCGACUGAACCGGACGAACAGGAACAGAAAACAGCAGACGGUGCAUCACUCCUCAUUUUUAAAUAUGGGGAUCUUUAGGACGGCGUUGUCAUGACGAUGUGGAUUUUUCAGGGUCAGGGCGAGGAGCCCGUUUGGACCUGAUGUCCUUCUGUUUGGGUCGACUGUCAAUCUGUCUCCCCCGUUUGACCUUUUUAUGAAGGGAGGAGUCAGAGGUAUAAAUAUAAAUCAAUAUAAAUUAUACAAUAUGAUAAUAUAAAUCAAUAUAAAUAUAUUAUAUAAUAAUAUAAAUAAAUAUGAAUAUAUAUAUUAAAUAAUAAUAAAUAAUAAAAUAAUAUAAAUCAAUAUAUAUAAUAUGAUAUAGAUAAUAUAUUAUGAUAAUAUAAAACAAUAUAAAUAUAUAAAAUAAAUAAAUAAAAAUAAUAUAAUAUAAUAAUAUAAAUGAAUAAUAUAAUAUAAUAUAAUAAUAUCAAUAAAUAAACAUAAUAUUAUAAUAUCAAUAAAUGUAAAUAAUAUGAUAAUAUCAUUAAAUAUAAAUAAUUAAGUAUAAUAAUAUAAAUAAAGAUAAAUAUUAUAUAUAACAAUAUAAAUAAACAUUAAUGAUAGAAUAUAAUAAUAUAAAUAAAUAUAAAUUAUAUACACUCACCGGCCACUUUAUUAGGUACACCAUGCUAGUAACCGGUUGGACCCCCUUUUGCCUUCAGAACCGCCUCAAUUCUUCGUGGCAUAGAUUCAACAAGGUGCUGGAAGCAUUCCUCAGAGAGCUUGGUCCAUAUUGACAUGAUGGCAUCACACAGUUGCCGCAGAUUUGUCGGCUGCACAUCCAUGAUGCGAAUCUCCUGUUCCACCACAUCCCAAAGAUGCUCUAUUGGAUUGAGAUCUGGUGACUGUGGAGGCCAUUUGAGUACAGUGAACUCAUUGUCAUGUUCAAGAAACCAGUCUGAGAUGAUUCCAGCUUUAUGACAUGGCGCAUUAUCCUGCUGAAAGUAGCCAUCAGAAGUUGGGUACAUUGUGGUCAUAAAGGGAUGGACAUGGUCAGCAACAAUACUCAGGUAGGCUGUGGCGUUGCAACAAUGCUCAAUUGGUACCAAGGGGCCAAAAGAGUGCCAAGAAAAUAUUCCCCACACCAUGACACCACCACCACCAGCCUGAACCGUUGAUACAAGGCAGGAUGGAUCCAUGCUUUCAUGUUGUUGACGCCAAAUUCUGACCUUACCAUCCGAAUGUCGCAGCAGAAAUCGAGACUCAUCAGACCAGGCAACGUUUUUCCAAUCUUCUAUUGUCCAAUUUCGAUGAGCUUGUGCAAAUUGUAGCCUCAGUUUCCUGUUCUUAGCUGAAAGGAGUGGCACCCGGUGUGGUCUUCUGCUGCUGUAGCCCAUCUGCCUCAAAGUUCGACGUACUGUGCAUUCAGAGAUGCUCUUCUGCCUACCUUGGUUGUAACGGGUGGUUAUUUGAGUCACUGUUGCCUUUCUAUCAGCUCGAACCAGUCUGGCCAUUCUCCUCUGACCUCUGGCAUCAACAAGGCAUUUCCGCCCACAGAACUGCCGCUCACUGGAUAUUUUUUCUUUUUCGGACCAUUCUCUGUAAACCCUAGAGAUGGUUGUGCGUGAAAAUCCCAGUAGAUCAGCAGUUUCUGAAAUACUCAGACCAGCCCUUCUGGCACCAACAACCAUGCCACGUUCAAAGUCACUCAAAUCACCUUUCUUCCCCAUACUGAUGCUCGGUUUGAACUGCAGGAGAUUGUCUUGACCAUGUCUACAUGCCUAAAUGCACUAAGUUGCCGCCAUGUAAUUGGCUGAUUAGAAAUUAAGCGUUAACGAGCAGUUGGACAGGUGUACCUAAUAAAGUGGCCGGUGAGUGUAUAUUAUAGUAUAAAUAAAUAUUAAUGAUAAAAUAUUAUAAUAUAAAUGAUAUUUAUAAUAAUAUGUAUAAUUCAUAUGAAUAAAUGUAAAUAAUAUAAAAUAAUAAUAUAAAUAAAUCCAGAUAAAACUGAGGGGAAGAGCUCGAUUCUGAGGAAACUGUCAGCAGCGAAUUUAGGAAAAAGUCCCAAAAAUUAAAGUUUGAACUUUAAAAGUGUAAAGAGACUUAAGAUCGUACUUAAGUCUGACAGUCCGUGUUUGUUUACGUUGAGUCCGAAUCUGCAGAGAUGAGGUCAAAGUUUAAAUCUGAGGAUUUUCUGUCGCCUCUUUGUCACGUCUGAUAGGAGGUGAAGAGUCAGGCGGAGAAAAGACGCGAAACGAAGACGCCAUUUGGGGUAAAAUGUAAAAGGAUUUGACAGACUAAGACUAUGAAUCAUGGGUAAUAAUCAGUAGAAACAGAAAACAUUAACUGUAGAUGGUCGGCUCUCUUUCACCUUUUUUCUUCUUCCUCACAUUUUCAUUUCCUGCAGCUUCAAAAUAAAACAAUCAAACUUAAAAUCAGAAAACGAGCGUCCGUGUUCACGAUGAUGACCUCUGACCUCUGUUUCUGAACCUCUGCAGAGCUGCAGAAGAAACACCAACGAGAACAAAGUGAACUGACGGAGAAGUUUCAGGCGGCGGAGAACGACCUGAAGGUAAAACGCUGACUCAGCACGCUCCGACAAGCGUCUCCUCUGUUUCGCUCUCUGAGCACGUGUUUGUGACAUGGAGCGUAAAUCUAAAGUGUGGCGCUGUGACCGCAGGCCGAGGUGAGGACGCUGACGGCGGAUCUGCAGGUUUACGACCAGCUGAAGAGGAGAGUCGAAGAAUCCACGUUCAAGAAGGACCUGCGGAGGAACGUCCAGGUGAGAGAGUUUCAGAUCAGACGAUCAAUAUCCAAAGAUAAAAGUUCAGAUCUAAAGGCUUUCUGCGUCCUCCAGGCUCAUGGCAGCCCAGGUGCAUUCUGGGAGUCGGAGCAGGAGUCUCUGGUGUUCGUCAUCGAGAUGAAGAGUCAGCGAGUUCAGGAGCAGAGCAGGAAGCUGCAGCAGAUGGAGGACCUGGUGGGUUUAGAGGAGGAGAUGAUCGGAGAGAAGGAGCCAGUCUGUGUCUCCUCCUCCUCUUCUUCUCCUUUUUUACCUCCUUCUGUUCCUCCUCCUCUUCUUCCUCCUCUUCUUCUCCUUUUUUACCUCCUUCUGUUCCUCUCCCUCUUCAUCCUACUCUUUUCUCCUUUUUUACCUCCUCCUCUUCUUCUCCUUUUUUACCUCCUUCUCCUUCCUCCUUCUGUUCCUCCUCUUCUUCUUCUUUUCUACCUCCUUCUUCCUUUCUCCUCCUCCGCUUCUCCUUUUUUACCUCCUUCUCCUCCUCUUCCUCUUCUUCUCCUUUUUGACCUCCUUCCUCCUCUUCUUCCUCCUCUUCUUCUCCUUUUUUACCUCCUUCUCCUGUUCCUCCUCCUGCUCCUCCCCCUUUUCAUCCUACUCUUUUCUCCUUUUUUCCUUCCUCCUCCUCUUCUUCCUCCUCUUCCACCUUUUUUCCCUCCUUCUUUCUCCUCCUCCUGUUCCUCCUCCUCUUCUUCUCCUUUUUUACCUCCUUCUCCUUCUCCUCCUGUUCUUCUUCUAUUUUUUUACCUUCUUCUUUCUCCUCCUCCUGUUCCUCUUCCCUCUUCUUCUCCUUUUUCACCUCCUCCUCUUCUCCUUUUUUACCUCCUUUUACCUCCUCCUCUCUUUAGGUGGAGAAGAACUUGGCGUUGGAGGAUCAGAUCGUCCACGUCCUUCAGCAGAACGAGGAUUUGAACGUUCGGAUAGAAAACUAUCAGACUCUCAUUCAGUAAGUGUUUCAUUCUGACCAUAGGUGAUAAUGCAGCUCUGUGGCGCCCCCUGCUGGUCUAUUUCCAGACCUUCUCAGUCACCUCUAUCACAUGACAAACACUCCCAUCCAAUCAUCGUCUCAUUUUUGGCGUGUAACCUCCGGACUUCUUGACUUUGGCGUUGUUGUUUUCUCUGUGACCUCCAGGCAGUUAUCCAAGGAGCAGCAGGACCUGAAGGUGGCGCUGGAGAGGCAGGCCGUCAUGACCCAGAAUCUUUCUCAGGAAAAGGAGCAGCUGAUGUUCAAACUCAGACACAGAGACUCGUGUCCGACCAUCCACCUGCCCGCCAUGAUGCAGGAAAUCGCUCCCAGAUGAUCACAUGACCCCUGUGCGGCUCACUGUAGAUAGAGACUCUGCGGCCCCCUUUUUAUUCUGACCGUAAACCUGAACCGGGCCGCCGAACACCUCUGGGUUCAGGUCUCAGGGCUCCUAUCUGGAUCUGGUCCUCAUCACUGCGAACACUGACCACUUUGACUGUUAGACCCUCAGGCGGACCCUGGAGGAGGAGGAGCUCUGAAAGUCCUGGUUCUGGACUCGAAGCUGCACUCUGUGUUUUCACUGAAAUAUGACGGUGUUCGGGUCUGGACUCACCGACCCGCUGUCAGACCGUUAGGCUUUUAUUUUGAAGGGGAGGAUCUCUGUACUGACAGAAAACUGAGCGGCUGUUUUUCUGCGGUUUGACCCUUUAAAACGACGCUUUUAUUUUGGUAGAGGAAUCAGAAAAGCGGCUGAGAUCGACGGAUCGAUGGACCGCUGAUCGGGAUCGAUAACUUUCAGGCUGAUGAGGAUUCAGACGGACGAAUCUGAACUUUGACCUGACGCUGCGCCGAUUUUACGAACAACAGACGUUCGACGGUAUCAUUAGUGUUUCCUGAACCUCAGACUCUGAAACUUCAGAUUUAGUUUCUCCAUGAUGGAGGGUUAGAGCCAUCGUUACUGUCGGCCCACAGGAACGAUGGAAAAGUUUAGAUUUUCAAAAUAAAAUAGUAAACUUACAGAAUCGAGCCAUGAGAGAAAAAACGCCUCCAUUUAAAAGACUUAAGUCCUAAAAACAGACGAGUUUUAAAUCUAUGAGAAUAAAUCUGAAUGUUAAUGACAAUAAGGAACAAAUUAAUAAUAAAGGUUGAAAUGUAGAGACAGAACUAACGAGAAAAAAGUCUUUAACUUCUGGAACAAUGUUCUUAAAAAAGUCAUUACCUCACUCCAGAGGAAUGAUGAUAAAUAAUCUCGUUAAGUCGUUUAUUUCCUGAACUAUGUUGUUGUUAAAUUCAGUCCAAAAAUCACGAAAAUAAGUUCAUAAACAGCUGAAAAUAAAGUUUUUACUCCCAGAAUAAUUUUGUUUAAUUAACCUCAAUAAUAAAGUCAUUACCCAACGUCUUUAUUCCCAUAAAUUACUGACCUUCGUUACAUUUUUUAAUGACUUUUUUAUGAUUUGUUUCUUUAAAGAUUCUGUCCUGAUAAAUUUGUGACUUUUUCCAGAAAAAUCCACUUUUUUUAAAACGCUGCUCUGAUCCUCCGUACUUUUUUUUCUGACCAACAGUCCAAGUACAAAUCAGAUCUGAGACGCCAAGAUGGAGGUUAAAUGACAUUUUGAUGACGUUUGGGUGGAAAAACACGUUAACUCAGUUUUACACAAAAGUGCCUGAAGAGGGGGCGGCGAGCGUUUCCCCUUGUUUCCACAAAAACCAUCAGAAGCAGCCCAGAUAGACUUAAAAAGUUCUGGAUCGGGUUUUUCUUUGACGACUUUUUCACAAAUAAUUUGAUGUUUGAGUUGGUAAAAAAAAAACGUAAAAGUUACCCGAUUUCUUACAGCGAAACCAAGAGUCUCCCAAUCACAUCAAAUCUUCCCUGAAAAGUUUUUUUUUUUGUGUAAUUUUUUAGUUUAAAUAUCCAAAAAUCUUGUUACCAUGACGCCCAGUUAGAAACUUCCAGUAUGAAAAUGCCACAGCCGAACAAAGCCGAAAAAAGCCGAACUGUCGCGCUCCCCCCUGUGGAUGUGGUCUCUGUGAACCUGGUGCCAAACGUGUCCUGAUCCGUGGACUCUGCGUUUAUCCCCGUCGUUGUUUUUUCACGUUGAAAAGUUUGUCGCUGCUGUCGAGGAGAGACGCUAACAAUAAAAGUCGCUCUGUUUUCACAAGAAUUUUAGUCCCAGAAUCACAAAUUUUUCUUUCCAGUUUGAAUUUUUUAGUUUCUUGACCAAAACUUUGAGCAAAUGUCGGCAUCGCUAUUAGCCUCCUGAGAUUGAUGCUAACAUAGCAUACACGAGACGCUGACUGUGAGCUCGUUAAUGAAACUGGUGUCGUUAAGUAACAGAUGCUGAACUGUGGAAAUGUGUUAUAGCGCUGUUAGCAUGCUAGCAUACAGUUUAGUGUAAAGGUUUAAAAUCGUAAUCAUCGUGUAAAACGGCUGUCAGAGUACUCAGCGACUCAGCAAAUUUCAGUCUGUGCUGAGUCAGCGGAUAACGAUAAGCUAUCUUUGCGGUGGCUCGACUCUUGGUGGCUAAAUCGCUGAGAAAUUGAGCCCCUGACUUAGCUUGCUACUUGGUUGCUAGCUAACAUUGUGUUGACGCAACCAAUCCAAAAUAGCAGUAAGACCUAGCUAGGCUAUAACCAGUUAGCGAGGCAGAGUACAAAAUAACAAGCCUACAGUUUAGCUGUAAAGAAAACUGCUUCGAGUUUCUGUAUCGUGUUUGUGGCGACAGAGUAAAGUCAACAUACGCUAGCUAACACGGUUAGCUUGGUUUCCUGCUAUUAGCUAUAUAAUCAGACAAGAUGCUAUUUGUUGCGUUACUGUACAGUAAAUAGUGAGCUAACUUAUUACAAGCUAGCAGCUAACCUACUUACGUAAAUGACCCUGAAGUAUCAUAAACGGUUGUUUUAUGACGCUGUGAACUGUUAGCCGUUGUUUGGGAAGCUAGGUCGCUACAUGAUUAUUAGCGGGUGAAAAACUUGGGCUAGCAAAGGAAAAGACUUAAAGAGGAACACCGCCAGUCCCCUAACCAGAACAUAGCUAGCUCAAACUUACCGACGUUUCAGUUACCAAGUCGGAAAAAGGUGAAAGUUAUUUUAGCGCCUGCCUUAUAUUACAACAAGGCAAACGCCAAAAUAACUUUCGUAGAUGUAGCCAUCUUGUUUCCGCCUCCGAUUUUGCUUUUUCAGACUUGGUAACUGAAACGCUGGGAACUCUGGUGUGAUGUCAUUUUCAGUUCCGAUUUCCGACUUCUGCGGUAAAUCGAACGCGGCAUAGGAGGCUAAUUACACAGUAAGUUUGGUGAGUGAGCUAACGCAAUCAAGCUAGCAGGUUAACAGCAACUUAAAGUAGCUGUGCGAAGUGCCAGAUAAAAGCUAGCAUGUAGCUGGUUAGCUUAAUCAUGACACCCAAGCUUCCCUGCAUUGGUAAAUGCUAAAUUGGACAAGCUAUUUAGCUAACUGACUCAGGACAGCGUUUUGGUGGCUUAAAAAACGUACGUAGCCUAAUGUCGCUGUUGUGUUAGCUACAAUAACUUAUUAGCGAUAGGUGAAAACAGCUCCUAGAGUUAGCGGGGAUGCUAACAGACAAUCCGUUAAAAAAAAUAGCUCCUGUCUGUUUGAAUAAAGGUUUCAAAGAUUUUUGUGUUUAUUCUUCAGUUUAGCAGGAUCAAAUUAACGCUAACAUGACGGCUUCUGACGGUUAGCUCUAAAACGUUAGCGUGGCUGAAACGGUUAGCCGCCAAUCAAAUGCCCGCCCUCAUCAGGACCUCCAGGACCGGGUCAGUGUGGAGUCGCUCAGAGAAAACCGCUGAUUCUGCCUUUAAUAAACUCGCUCUUUAGAUUUCUGAUGGUUUAAAUGUGAACGCCGACGCCGCGGUGGUUAUCCUCCGGGUGUUUUUAUAAAUGUGACUUUAGUUUUUGACGUGUCCCCCUUUGAAUUGCCAAAAAAAAACAAACCGUGUCAGUAUUUUGACACCUUCCUCUUUACGCACGAGCACUUUGAUCGUAUUUUACCGAGUUUGUAUCAGAGAGAUUUUUCCUUUAGUUUUGAAUUUUCGUUUCUUCUUUCCUGUAAAAACAUCUUUAAGUUUCUUCUUUUCUUUGAUUUAAAUCCAGAUUUUUUCUCCUUUUUUUGUUUUUGGCUCGACUUAAUAAAAAGCUUCAAAUCAG